AUAGCAAGUCUCAUUGUCCCAUCCUAGUGCUCUGCCUGUUCAUCAUCUCUUCUCCCAUCGCCGUAUCCUUUGUGUCUGAUGACUCGUAUGACCGACAGAGUGCCAAAACAUCUGAUUGAUGAAUGGAAAGUCGUCUGCACAUAUCGGCCAUACACACGACACGCGCAGACACAGCAACAUGCACAUCGCAUGCAUCGCAUGAAUCGAUCUUCGGCUCAAGCACAAGCAUUUCACACAGCAUCUCAGCACCAAAGGACACAGGGGGAGAAGAGAGAGAAGGGGAUCUUGCGGGUGCACAUGCAGAUCGACCUCUGCGUACCUGUUGGCUGGCCACAUCAAGCACUGACACACCCGACAAACCAUGCAGACCUGACACACACACAACACACAGGGACACAUAUACAAUGGAAACAUCCACCCUGUGGCCAUUCACAUACGCCGGACACACACCUAGUAGCAGUGCAAUGACGGGCAGUGUGAGCCUCUUGGAUAAGUUGGCGUCCACACGGCCUAUCGACUGUAUGCGCACACACGCCACCCACCCUUACUUAUCCCAUCCAUCCAUCCAUCCAUCAAUCCAUCCAUCCAUCCAUCAAUCCAUCCCACGCAUACUUGUGUGGUGGUGCCCGGCACAUGGGGGGGACCCCAUUCGGUCAUGCACACACACACACACACACACACACGCGCGCGCGCACACACACACAUUCAAACAGACAGCUGAGUGUCUGCACGAGUGUGAGUGCACACCUUGUUCAUGAUGACUAUGACGGUUUCCUUGCCGGUCCGGUUGAUCACAUCCAGCGUGAUGGGAAACGGCAGCUCCACCUACACACAUGCAUACGGAUGGAUCCCCAUUCAUUCAUUCAUUCAUUCGUCUGUCUGUCUGUGUUGGCUCACCCCGACAGUGUGUGGGCACUCCCUCACUCUCAGCUCUAGACGCUUCGGCUGGAUCGGCUGCAUAAGUCACCAACACACACAUACACACAUGCAAGGAGAGUGCCGGCCGCCUCUGUCCGUGUGUCUGCCUGUGUGGGAUCGCACCAUUCUCUCUAUUCUGUAUUCGUUGUGCACCCCCCGCUCCCUGGUGGAUGUGCGCCACUCGAGCAGCAGACGGCCGAUCGACGGCAAUGUCUGCACACAACAAGAUCAGAUCGUUGUCAGUGCACGCGUGUGUCUGCGUGUGUGUGUGUACCCUUCUCGUCUUCCUGCACUGAUUCAGCGCUUGAUGUGAACACCCUAUGCACAUGCAUAUACAUUUGCACACGCAUCUCCACCGCACACACAUGAAGGGAUGGACACCAGCGCACCAUCCUUGUGUGGCCUCGGCGGUUUCUCUCUUCAGCUCCUCGUCACUACUCGUCACGCACAGCGGAAAAACACGGACACCUGACACACACAGAGAGAGAGAGCCGCACACACGGAUUGUGAGCCAGAUCUGCAGGUGAGAUGCGUCCCCGCAUAGAUUCGCAUCUAUAUGUCCACCUGGCCUUGGGGCGCCGCCUCUUGGUGCAUUGCUUCACCAGCAAGCGACAACAGUCCAUCUGGGAGCUUACCUUCGA